GGCGGCGGCAGCGCGGGAAGGCGAAGCGGUCGGAGAGAGCAGCGGAGACAUGGUGCUGCAGAACAGCGGGCGCCUGAGAGCCGAGCGCGGCGAGAGCGCGGACAGCCCUGACGAUGGUUCCGCUCUUUCUGCACUCAAGCGCUUGGAGCGCAGUCAGUGGACCGAUCAGAUGGAUGCACAAUUUGGAUUUGAUCGUCUGAAAGAUCCAGGAGAGAAGACAGCCUGGCUCAUUAACAUGCACCCAACAGAUAUUCUGGAUGAGGACAAGAGAAUGAUCAGUGCUGUAGAUUAUUAUUUCAUUCAGGAUGACGGGAACAGAUUCAAGGUUGCUCUUCCUUUUCAGCCAUACUUCUACGUUGCUACAAAAANGGGCUAUGAGCGAGAGGUUUCAUCAUUCCUAUCUAAGAAGUUUCAAGGCAAAUUAAGCAAAAUCUCAACCGUCCCCAAAGAAGACUUGGAUCUGCCUAAUCACCUAGUUGGCUUGAAGAGGCAGUACAUUAAGCUCGCCUUUAACACAGUUGAUGACCUAGUGAAAGUUCGGAAGGAUAUUUCCCCCGCUGUAAGGAAAAACAAAGAGCGUGAAAAAUCAAAUGAUGCCUAUACUGCUAUGUUAUCCAGCGCACUGGCUGGGGGGAGCAUGGCAGAAGCAGAAGGAACGUCUAAAAAGAUUGCCGAUCAAAUGGAAAACAUAAUUGAAAUUCGAGAAUACGAUGUGCCUUAUCAUGUCCGUGUGUCCAUCGACCUGAAGAUUCAUGUGGCACAUUGGUAUAAUAUCAGAAUCCGUGGAGGUGCAUAUCCUCCUGAGAUCAUACGCAGGGAUGACUUAGUUGAACGACCAGAUCCUGUUGUUCUGGCUUUUGAUAUAGAAACUACCAAAUUGCCACUGAAGUUUCCAGAUGCUGAAAAUGACCAGAUUAUGAUGAUCUCCUACAUGAUUGAUGGACAGGGUUAUCUGAUCACAAACCGGGAGAUUGUGUCUGAAGAUAUCGAAGAUUUUGAAUUUACCCCCAAGCCUGAAUAUGAGGGUCCUUUCUGUGUGUUUAACGAACAAGAUGAGGCCAGUUUAAUUCGGAGAUGGUUUGAACAUAUCCAAGAAAUUAAACCCAAUAUAUUUGUGACAUACAACGGUGAUUCUUUUGAUUGGCCCUUUGUAGAAACUCGGGCAGCGGUGCAUGAAUUGAACAUGUAUAAGGAAAUUGGCUUUCAGAAGGACAGCCAGGGCGAAUUUAAAGCCAGUCAGAGCAUUCACAUGGACUGUUACAGGUGGGUGAAGAGAGACAGCUACUUGCCUGUAGGCAGUCAAAACCUUAAGGCUGCAGCCAAGGCCAAACUGGGCUACGACCCUGUGGAGCUGGACCCUGAGGAUAUGUGUCGAAUGGCCACCGAGGAGCCGCAGACUCUAGCCACGUACUCGGUGUCUGAUGCUGUGGCAACUUAUUAUAUGUACAUGAAAUAUGUACACCCCUUUAUUUUUGCCUUGUGCACCAUCAUUCCUAUGGAACCAGAUGAGGUGUUGAGGAAGGGUUCUGGGACACUGUGCGAGGCACUCCUAAUGGUUCAAGCCUUCCACGCUAACAUAGUCUUUCCAAAUAAGCAAGAGCAGGUCUUCAAUAAGCUGACAAAUGACGGUCAUGUCCUUGACUCUGAGACCUAUGUGGGAGGACAUGUGGAGGCUUUGGAGUCCGGUGUCUUCCGGAGUGAUAUUCCUUGUAGAUUCAAAAUGAAUCCAGCAGCUUUUGAUUUCUUGCUUCAGAGAGUAGAGAGCACCAUGCGACAUGCCAUCGAGGAGGAGGAGAAUAUCCCCCUGGAUCAAAUCACCAAUUUCCAAGAGGUGUGCGAUGAGAUUAAAAAGAAGCUGAAUUCCUUGAAGGAAGUUCCCAACAGGAUUGAGUGUCCCCUUAUUUACCAUUUGGACGUGGGUGCAAUGUACCCCAACAUCAUUCUGACCAACCGCUUACAGCCUUCUGCUAUGGUAGACGAAGUCAUCUGCGCAGCCUGUGACUUCAAUAAACCAGGAGCAAACUGUCAACGCAACAUGACUUGGACAUGGAGGGGACAGUUUAUGCCAGCCACUCGCAGCGAGUAUCACCGCAUCCAACAGCAGCUUGAAUCUGAAAAAUUCCCUCCAAUGUUCCCGAACGGCAGGCCACAAGCCUUCCAUGCGCUAAACCGCGAGGAGCAGGCCAAGUAUGAAAAGAAGCGAUUGGCAGACUACUGUCGCAAAGCGUACAAGAAAAUCCACAACACAAGAAUAGAGGAACGGGUAACGACAAUUUGCCAACGUGAGAACUCUUUCUAUGUGGACACAGUGCGAGCAUUCCGUGACAGACGUUAUGAGUUUAAAGGCUUGCAUAAGGUGUGGAAGAAGAAGCUCUCUGCAGCCACUGAGUGUUGUGAUGCUGCAGAGAUCAAGCGCUGUAAGAACAUGGAGAUCCUGUAUGAAUCCCUGCAGCUGGCACACAAGUGUAUCCUCAACUCCUUCUAUGGCUAUGUCAUGCGGAAAGGGGCCCGUUGGUAUUCGAUGGAAAUGGCCGGGAUUGUUUGUCAUACAGGCGCUAACAUCAUCACCCAAGCCAGGGAACUGAUAGAACAAAUUGGGAGGCCCUUGGAGCUGGACACGGAUGGCAUUUGGUGUGUGCUUCCGAACUCUUUCCCAGAAAAUUUUGUUGUUCAGUCAAAUAAUCCUAAAAAGCCAAAGGUUACAGUCUCCUACCCUGGAGCCAUGCUCAACAUCCUGGUGAAGGAGCGCUUUACUAACGAACAGUACCAAGAGCUGGUAGAUCCUGCAACUCUGACCUACAUCGCACGCUCAGAAAACAGUAUCUUCUUUGAGGUGGAUGGUCCAUACUUGGCCAUGAUCCUACCAGCCUCCAAAGAGGAAGGGAAGAAGUUAAAGAAAAGGUAUGCUGUGUUCAACGAGGAUGGCUCAUUGGCUGAGCUGAAAGGCUUUGAGGUGAAACGCCGUGGUGAAUUGCAGCUCAUCAAAAUUUUCCAAUCCUCUGUGUUUGAGGCCUUUCUGAAGGGCACUACACUGGAAGAAGUAUAUGCAUCUGUGGCCAAAGUAGCAGAUUAUUGGCUGGAUGUUCUCUACAGCAAGGCUGCCAACAUGCCAGACUCUGAGCUCUUUGAGCUGAUCUCUGAGAAUCGAUCAAUGUCGCGCAAACUGGAGGAUUAUGGUGAGCAGAAAUCCACCUCAAUCAGCACAGCUAAACGACUGGCCGAGUUUCUGGGGGAUCAGAUGGUGAAGGAUGCAGGGCUGAGCUGCCGUUUUGUCAUCUCCAAGAAACCGGAAGGGUCACCGGUGACUGAGCGAGCAAUUCCACUGGCCAUCUUCCAAGCAGAGUCGAGUGUGAAAAAGCACUACCUGAGAAAAUGGCUGAAGUGUGCCUCCUUACAGGACCUGGACAUUAGAUUAAUCCUAGAUUGGGAUUAUUACAUCGAGCGACUUGGCAGUGCCAUCCAGAAGAUUAUCACCAUCCCCGCAGCCCUUCAGCAGGUGAAGAAUCCAGUUCCUCGGGUGCGCCAUCCUGACUGGCUGCAUAAGAAACUGCUGGAGAAGAAUGACAUUUACAAGCAAAAGAAAAUCAACGAACUGUUUACGAACACUGGGGUCCGGCAGAUAACCACUAAUCAGCAAGUGGAGAACACCCAGCAAUCAGAGAUUGGUGACAUGGAAGACUUCGGUGUUCCCAAGCGCCGGGUGCAGCCAGCUAUCCCCAUCAGCACCAAGCGGCGACGUGGUCCAACUGACGAGAGUCAGGAAGAAUCUCAGGACCUGGAACUAACUCAAUCCUGGAGGGAGAUAUUGGGACCUCCACCUCCCCUGGGAACCACAAAGGACGAGCGACUAGUGUGGCUGAGGUACCACAAAAAGAAAUGGGAGCUACAAGCCAGGCAAAGGAAGGAGCGCAGGAAGAGGAGAAAGCUGGACGGUGGCGAGGCUGCUAUAGGAAGACCGAUUCGAGACGGUCCUGCAACCAGCCUCAGCAGCUUCCUGCGUCGGACCGCCCGCACCAUUCUGGACAUGCCGUGGCAGAUUGUGCAGAUUGCAGAAACAAGCCACCCCGGUCUCUUCAAGCUGUGGGCUGUGGUUGGAAGUGAUUUACAUUGCAUCAAACUCAACAUCCCGCGAUUAUUUUACGUCAACCAACGAAUCCCUAAAGCAGAGGAUGGUGCUGUUUUCAAGAAGGUCAGCCGUAUCCUGCCCCGGUCCAAUAUAGUUUACAACCUGUAUGAGUAUGCCGUGCCAGAGGACAUGUACCAGGAGCACAUUAAUGAGAUCAAUGCUGACCUUUCUGCUCCAGAUAUUGAAGGAGUCUAUGAAACUCAGGUUCCCUUGUUGUAUCGUGCUCUGGUACAACUUGGCUGUGUCUGUAUGGUCAGUAGACAGUUGUCACGUCACCUUAUCGGUCGAGAAAAGGACACCUUUGAUUUGGAGCAACUGGAAAUGCGAUCCUUAGCACAAUUCAGUUACUUGGAGCCAGGCAGUGUCCGACAUAUCUACUUGUACCACAACGCUCAAGGGAACAAAGCGCUCUUUGGGUUGUUCAUCCCCUCUCAGAGGAAGGCUUCGGUGUUUGUUCUUGACACUGUUCGUAGUAACCAGAUGCCGAACUUGACAAACCUAUACACAGCCGAGCGGACAGCCAUGCUGGAGAAACUGGAUGAGGAGCUUCUGCCUCCUGACAAGCACACCUUUGAGGUUCAAGCAGAAAAGGACCCAAAACAAAUCUACAGAGCAAUUCAGCGACUACUCCUGAACUACAAGGAUGAGAGAAGAGGUCCGACCCUCAUAGCGAUUCAGUCCAAAUGGGACCUGAAGAGGCUGGUCAAUGGAAUGCUUGUUCUGGAUGAUUUUCCACUAGUGCCUGUUCAUGUGGUUGAUGACAUCAACUAUAGUGUGCUGGAUUGGCAACGCCAAGGGGUGCGCAGAAUGAUCAGACACUACCUCAGUCUGGACAGUGUUCUUUCUAAGGCAUUUGAAAUGGCCAGGUAUUACCACAUUCCCAUUGGAAAUCUCCCAGAUGACAUCUCCAUCUUUGGCUCAGACCUCUUUUUCUCCAGACACCUUCGCCGACACAACCACCUACUGUGGCUUUCCCCAACCUCCCGCCCUGACCUGGGGGGCAAGGAGGCGGAUGAUAGCCGCCUGGUGAUGGAGUAUGAUGAGAGAUCAGCGGUAGAGAUCAAUAAUCCAGACUGUUACUCCACAGUUUGUGUGGAGCUGGACAUUCAGAGCCUGGCAGUGAACUCCAUCCUUCAGUCUCAUCAUGUUAACGACAUGGAAGGAGCGUCCAGCAUUGGUGUCAGCUUCGAUGUUAUUCAGCAAGCUUCACUCGAAGACAUGAUGUCAGGGAAUCAGGCCGCCAACGCACUGGCUAGUUACGAUGAGACAGCCCUCUGCUCCAACACCUUCAGGAUCCUUAAGAGCAUGGUUGUUGGCUGGGUGAAGGAAAUCACUCACUAUCAGAACGUGUAUGCAGAUAACCAAGUCAUGCACUUUUACCGCUGGCUUCGGUCUCCUUCCUCACUGCUGUUUGAUCCUGCUCUACACCGCACACUCCACAACAUGAUGAAGAAACUCUUCCUUCAGCUGGUAGCAGAGUUUAAGAGGUUGGGCUCAUCUGUGGUCUACGCUAACUUCAACAGAAUAAUCCUGUGCACAAAAAAGCGUCGGAUUGAAGAUGCAAUUGGCUAUGUGGAAUACAUCACAAAGAGCAUUCAUUCCCGUGAGAUUUUCCAUUCCCUCUCCAUCUCUUUUUCUCGCUGUUGGGAAUUCCUGCUAUGGAUGGACCCGGCUAACUUCGGUGGGAUUAAGGGCAAGCUUCCCUCCAGCGUACUCUGGGGAGAGGUGGGCAAGGAAAAUGAACCAAAGGAGCAGGUUACCGAAGAGGACAGUGAGGAUGAAGAUGAGGAAGAAGUUCAUUCUGAGGUGGAGGAAGGUGUGACUGAUGUGGAAGAUCUGCUAGACAAUAACUGGAAUAUCCUCCAGUUUCUGCCACAAGCAGCCUCCUGCCAGAGUUAUUUCCUCAUGAUCAUCUCAGCUUAUAUUGUGGCUGUCUACCACAGCAUGAAGGAGGAAAUGAGGCGCAAUGCCCCAGGGUGUACUCCUAUUAAACGACGAGAGGCCAGCCAGACUACACAGGAGCCUGCAGGAGAGGCUGGUGCAUUAGCAGGGAUGAUUACCUUCUCUCAAGAGUAUGUAUCUAAUGAGCUCACACAGAACUUCUUCACGAUCACCCAGAAGAUCCAGAAGAAGAUGAGUGGCACACGAAAUGCGACUCAACCCUCUGAAACGUUCCCCCUCCUGCCUGGCUCCUACCUCCCCUUGAACAACCCAGCACUUGAGUUCAUCAAAUCAGUCUGUAAGGUCCUGUCUCUAGAUUCUAAAAUAACUAAUCAAGUUAACAAGCUGAAGCGGGACCUUCUGCGACUAAUUGACAUCGGGGAAUUCUCUGAGGAAGCCCAGUUUAAAGACCCCUGCCAAUCCUACAUAUUGCCCGAAGUGAUCUGCAAAAACUGCAACUUUUGCCGAGACUUGGAUCUCUGCAAAGAUCCCUCGAUCUUGCAGGAUGGCACAGUUUUACCAAAGUGGUGCUGUACAAACUGCCAAGCCGAAUACGACUCUGAUGCCAUAGAAAUGGGACUGGUCGAAGCAUUACAAAAGAAAAUGAUGGCUUACACUCUCCAGGACUUGAUUUGUUCAAAAUGUAAAGGCAUUAAGGAAGCCAACAUGCCCAUUUACUGUACCUGCGCACGGGAUUUUGACCUGACAUUUUCAGUGAAGGGAUUCGCAGAGCAGAUCCAGGUGUUCAGAAACAUCGCCCGGCACUACAGCAUGCCAGUCCUACAGGACACGGUAGACUGGAUGUUUCAGAUGAACCCACAUAUGAGGACGUGAGGACACAGUACAAGACCACUGAAAUUACACACCUAGUCUGGGGUGAAUAGCAAAUAUUGCUCUGUGUACAUAUGCACAAGGGUAACCCUUUCUACAGCAAAGCCUCUUCAAACCCAUUUCACUGUUCACAAUUGCUGGACUGUGCCACAUUCCACCAUUAGUGCAGAAAUACAGCCAGUUGCUGGAAGUGGAAUUCAAGAACACCAAGUUCCGUCAGUGUUUUAAAUCCCCACUGUGUGUGUAUGUGGCAAUGGGCGGGCAUGAGGAUAGUGACUUCUCACGGCCCAGACUAGCAAGAAGACUUCACCCGAAAGGUCUGAAUGCAAUGGUAAAUGCUUUUAUUUCAUCAUGUGCAGUCAGAUAGAUGAACUAAUGGGUCCUCGUAAGCAAUUUGAAUGAGUUGAGGAAUUAAAUUGAUGUGUACUCCACAUCCUGGUGAGUGUAAUGGAUGGCCUUUUCAGUGCAUAAAAUCAGAAAAUAGGGCGAUGGUUCAAUCCUUUUAUUUAAUGGGCCAUUUUCUUGACUCCAAUCAAAGCUACUGUAAAGCUACAGCCUAGUAUUUAUAAGGCAUCAAGAUCUUUGCCUUGUUUGACAUGACAGGGAAAGGAAAGAAAAAAAAGUUCACUUAAUUUUGGGCAGUUUUCAUGUCUAACUGUAACCUCACACAUGGUCGCUGUGUGGAACUAUGUGCUGAAUGGUUUCUGAGCAGCUAAAUAGAUUUUGAUCAGAGGGAAUGUAUCUUCACUCACUGUUAAAUCAACAACAUUUAUAUUCUUAUGUUUACAUCCUGCUUUGACUCAAAAUGCAGGCUUUUCCAGGCACUUUUACAGCCUGGAGGAGGAGAAGCACAUGUGUAUCAAGGAACCAAAGGCAAAAAGUUAAUAUCCUGAGAUAAUAACUCUGGAUUAUUAUUAAUAUUCUAAGUUGAAAGCUUCAUCUUACAUAAUGUGCCUAUUUCCUAUUACUCUUGUGUUAAUAUUUAAUGCAAUGCAGAAUUCUCUACAGGUUACUUAUUGUAAGUACAACUAGUAAUGUUGAAAAUUACUGGCAUUUCUUUAGGACUGUUUGCUGCAGUCCUAACGUUUGCAUAAAAUAAAGGCUUUUUCAAUCCUAACUGAAUUUGAUGUAGAAAUGUGUAAUGUCAAUGGCAAGCAAUGUGGUUUUAACUGGUUAAACUCCAGCAGUAUCCCAACGCAUUCCAGGGAUCCCAACCCUUGGCUCCAGCCACCAUGUGCUUAAUACCCUGAUGCAAUCUUAAAGUUAAUAAAGUAUUCAAAAAGGAUUUGGUCACUUAGUCCACAAUUGUGUGUGGUACGCAAUUGGCUGCCGCAUUUUGCCCACAAAAUGUAUAGUCA